AUUUAUUCUAGUUUGUUUGUUGAGGUCAAGGACUCCUUUUCUUUGGAUUCAGCAGAGAGGGAACUCUUUCCUCAUAGCACCAGACAGGCUUUCUGCUUUGCAGUCUACGGUCAGUGCGCAGCGCAGAUAAAGGAACAUCUGAGAGCACUUUUAAAGGAUUUAUCAAUCCAAAGCACUGGUGAGCUAUGUGCUGUCUCCAGUGUUAGCGUUAGGAGGCUUGCAACAAGGGACAGUAUUUGCACUAAGUGCAAGCCAGAGGCUCCAGCUGCUGACACUUCUGCAAACCGUAAACCAGUGGAUUCUGAUUUCCUUGAAUGCUGUAAAAUAGUUCUGACAGAAUGGACAGCUCCAAUAAAAAAAUCCACACAAGCUUUCUGAGAAGACAGCAAAGGAACUAGAGAAAACAGCUUGACUUGUAGGUUCCCACCUGACCCAUGACUGACUCUCUGCUAAUGCAGCACUAAUUUAAAACACCGUUGUAUAUCAGAUCUGAGGAUGUUUGUGCUGCUGUACAUUACAAGUUUUGCCAUCUACACAAGUGAACAACCUCUUCAAAGCCAGGCCAAAGGAGAAAAUUACUACACCAGAUAUAUCUGCAGCAUCCCAGGUUUGCCAGGCCCUGCGGGCCCCCCUGGAGCCAGCGGAUCCCCGGGGCCACAUGGACGCAUUGGCCUUCCAGGGAGAGAUGGCAGAGAUGGCAGGAAGGGAGAAAAAGGUGAAAAAGGGAGUGCAGGUUUAAGAGGAAAGACUGGGCCAUUAGGACCAGCUGGAGAGAAAGGAGACCAAGGUCAGUCUGGUAAGAAAGGACCUGGAGGACUGAUGGGUGCCAAAGGUGAAGUAGGUCCAGUUGGACCACCUGGACCUAAGGGAGAUAAAGGAGACCGAGGAGAGCCAGGUGCACCAGGGGUCUGCAAGUGUGGAAAGAUAGUGCUGAAAUCUGCCUUUUCUGUCGGCAUCACCACCAGCUACCCCGAGGAAAGACUACCCAUUGUAUUCAAUAAAGUCCUCUUCAACGAGGGGGAGCACUACAACCCAUCCACAGGAAAGUUCAUUUGUGCCAUCCCAGGGAUUUAUUACUUUUCUUACGAUAUCACCUUGGCAAACAAGCACCUUGCAAUUGGGCUGGUUCACAAUGGGAAGUACCGGAUCAAGACUUUUGACGCCAACACCGGCAACCACGACGUAGCCUCUGGAUCCACAGUGAUCUACCUUCAGCCAGAAGAUGAAGUAUGGCUUGAAAUCUUCUACACUGACCAGAACGGUCUCUUUUCUGACCCAACGUGGGCAGACAGUUUGUUUUCUGGAUUUCUCUUGUACGUUGAUACAGAUUACCUGGAUGCCUUAUCAGAUGAAGAUGAGUUCUGAAGCAGAUGUCAAAUGACUUUCAAACUGGAGUCCCCAGCACAGGAUUUUAUUCAUCUGUGUGGGGAAAACAAAGUUGUAAUGAAAAAAAAAAAUCUGGGAGUUCAUUCUUGUUUUGAUUAGAACCAAAUCUGAGCUCGUAAGGAUAAUUUUAGAAUCUAGGAUGGGUUUUUUAAUGAACAGCAGGGAUAUCAAAAUGAACUGUAAUUAACAAAAGACUGCAUAAUUCCAGGACUGACUCUUCCCUAAAAUUACGUUUAUAGUACUAUUUAAACAAAUUUAAGAUACUGUACAUUGGAUUUUAUAUAAAAUGUAUUAAGUUGCAAUUUUAAAUGGAUAUUUUGUAUAUUACAUUAAAGUAAAAUUGAACAAUUCAAUGCAA